AUGCACACUCAUCGAGGGCUGAGCCUAGUUGCUGCCUCGUCCUUAUUCAUUGUGACGAGGGCUGCUUCUGGAACUGGAGUAUCAACUAGAUACUGGGACUGUUGCAAACCUUCUUGCGCAUGGUCGGGUAAAGCCUCUGUGAACCAGCCAGUGUUGACGUGUGACAAGAACGACAAUGUGCUCUCGGAUCCAGAUAUCAAGUCGGGAUGCGACGGCGGUACCGCCUUUACUUGUUCUGACAACUCACCAUGGGCAAUCAGCGAUCAGCUGGCCUAUGGUUUCGCUGCAACGGCUAUCAGCGGAGGGACAGAGGCGAGUUGGUGUUGUGCUUGUUACAAGCUCACUUUCACUUCCGGAGCGGUGGCCGGGAAGACCAUGGUCGUACAAUCGACCAAUACAGGCGGCGACCUCGGCUCGAACCAAUUCGAUAUAUUGAUGCCUGGUGGCGGCGUAGGUAUAUUCGACGGGUGCAAGGUCGAGUUCGGUACAUCGCUUCCAGGAGCCACAUAUGGUGGCAUCUCAUCGCAGUCCGAAUGCAAUUCCUUCCCAGCAAUUCUACAGGAAGGCUGCAAUUGGCGUUUCGACUGGUUUGAGAACACGGAUAAUCCGAAUCUUACAUUCGAGCAAGUACAGUGCCCCUCGGAGAUCGUGGCGAAGUCAGGCUGUCGUCGAACUGAUGACUCCUCCUUCCCUGUUUUCAAUCCCUCUACGGCAUCGUCGACCACCACUGCUGGCGCGUCAACAACGACUGCUCCUACAUCAACCACCAGUGCCGCAAGCUCAGGUGCUCACCAACAACAGGCACAAUGUGGUGGUAUUAGCUGGACAGGAGCGACUAGUUGUGUGAGUGGCUCAACUUGCACGAAGCUCAACGACUACUACAGUCAAUGUCUGUAA